CAGUCCGCCGGGCGGCAAGGCGGAUAGCCAGAGGGCGGAGCGAGCUCGGUUGCACCAACACCGGUACAUAGGCGUGGACCGGCGUGUCCUUGGACUUAGAAAGCGGGACGUCCGGCUUGCGGGCGGAAAUUCUUCAGUUCCGCGCGGUGAAAGAACGAUUUAAAAAUGGGUGAUGUUGAGAAGGGCAAGAAGAUUUUUGUUCAGAAGUGUGCCCAGUGCCAUACGGUGGAAAAGGGAGGCAAGCACAAGACUGGGCCAAAUCUCCAUGGUCUGUUUGGGCGAAAGACAGGUCAGGCCGUUGGAUUCUCUUACACAGAUGCCAACAAGAACAAAGGCAUCACCUGGGGAGAGGAGACACUGAUGGAGUACUUGGAGAAUCCCAAGAAGUACAUCCCUGGAACAAAAAUGAUCUUCGCUGGCAUUAAGAAGAAGGGAGAAAGGGCAGACUUGAUAGCUUAUCUCAAAAAAGCUACUAAUGAGUAAUAGUUGGCCACUGCCUUAUUUAUUACAAAACAGAAAUGUCUCAUGACUUUUUUAUGUGUACCAUAUUUAAAUCAGUCUUAUACACUAGAAUUCAGAUCAUGAAUGGCUGAUGGAAUAUUUCUGUUGGACAGACCUGAUUUAAAUAAGAUUGGCUUGUGAGUAAAUGAAUAUGGUCAGCUUUUUGAGUUUUGAUAGUAAUGUCAGUUCAGCAAGUAUUAUCACUUCUUUCCCCUUCUAAAGAGAUGCUUGAACUUGGUUAGGGAUGUUUUCAGGGAGAUGGUAAAUGCCUUCUCAGAACCUAUAGGAGAUUGGUUUUAUAUUUAGAUUUCUAUAACUGGUUAUAUUAAUAUAUUUAAAUAUGGAGAAGAUCCUUUCACUGUGUCAUAGAACAGAGCAAGAGUCACCUGUGUUUCAAGUUGUCUUCAUUACCCUGUUAAGGCAAACGCUGAAGAUAAACUGACAAUGUCCACUUUAUCUUUUUGGUCUUAAUUAUGCCAAUUUAAUUAAAAUUCUCUAUCUGAAAUAUUGCCUUUUACUUAAUGGAAGGCAUUUUACUGUGGUUUAUGUAUAACAUCAAAUAAAGAAUAUUUAGCACUUUUCACAUCUUAUAGAUCACCUUUAAAAUCAGAUGCUUUUAAAAUUCAGUGUGACAAGAUAUGUUAGCCAACUUUGUGAAUUCUUUACAAAGUCAGACUAAGUUAUGAUUCAGGAUUGUUUUUUAAACAGGUAUUCAGAAAUAUAACUGUAGAACUACUGAGUAUGUGUGAUUGGUAAUGGUGCUUUAGCUAACUCAUUAGAAGGGUUAAAGUGGAGAAGAUACACCAUCAGCACAAAUUUGUAAACUAUCUAAUCAUAAGGCUUAAGAAUUAAAAUCACAAAUCAUGACUUUUCUAA